AUGAGGUGCGCGUGGGCUGCACUUUGUGGGAUUGUGCUACUCACUGAGGUUAUUCUAAUCAAUUCACAAACCUCAGGUAAGUCCAUUGCAGAAUGUUCCCAGUUCGACUCAUGUGAUAGCUGCAUCAGCGGAGAUCCAUCCAUCAAUCUGACACGAUGUGUCUGGCAAAGCUGUAAUAACGGAAACGACACGAGAUGUAUGUCUGAUACUGGAAAUUUGGAAGACUGCUCUGUCUUCAAUGAGACCGGGAUGUGUCAAAACUCUGAGGAUGGUAGCAAAAACGACACAACUGCUGGAUCAACCCCUGAGUUCUCUCAAGCAUCAUUUGACCUGUCCAGCUUUAUCGGGGGAAUCAUCCUCGUGUUGGUGUUGCAAGCGGGGGCUUUUUUUGCCAUGCGAUUCCUCAAAACCAAAGACAGCACAUAUGAAACUAUUGACCAAACACAGUGAGAAAUAGAAAAAUCACAGAAAAAACAAGAACUAGAGGAGAAUACAUGUAGCAAUAUAAGAGGGUGCAAUGUUUUCUUUCUCUGCUGGCCUUUGGUUAAACUAGAAAUAAAUAACAUUCCCUCAUGUCCUUAAUAACAAAAUAUAUAUUUGUUUGUGUACAUUAUGGACAAUAAAAUAAAAUACAAUUAUAUACAAAU